AUGUCAGACCUCUCAGACAAUACAGAAAGCGACUCGAGCAAGCGGCAAGCUGCUAUUCUCGAGCGACAUCUGCCUGAAGGGUAUUCCGCUGAGCCUGACGUCAGUCUCGGAAUCCAAGGCACAACGGCAUCUACAACGUCACCCGGAAUUACUGGCGGCUCUCCACGCCAAUCGCCUAUGCUUUCUCCUCGGCUCAUUGCUUUACCUCAUGCCAAUCUACCGGAAGCCUCAUCGUCCAAUUCUGUGUCAAAUGUUCGGCAUGCAACAAACAAAUAUUCGCCGUCACCAACAAGGGACAGUGUUGCCAAUGGAACCAAUGGAGGUACAACAGACGAAGCCUCUAUCCCGGAGAAUGUCGAGUCAUCACUCAAGCUUCAGGGCGGCGAUAUACAUCGCGACAUGUUCAGAAUAAAGGCCCGAGCCAACUCGUUGCGUCGAGCCAACACCUUUUCACACCAGCCUUCAGCUCCACUCCACCCGGACGACGGGCUCACAUACCCAGAACAAACCGAGCCGGGGGGGUUUAGGCGUAACUAUAUACAACGUCAAGCCCGCGGGCGCCAUAACAGUGGCCCCUUGAUCAUUGCCAAGAGCUUUGUCGAUUUCCUUGACCUCUACGGGAGCUUUGCUGGUGAAGAUUUGGAGGAUAGCGACCUCUCUGAAGAUGAAUCUGCCAUUGAUGACAGAGACGAGUCCGACGAAACACAACCGUUGAUCACGCGCCCCAGCCAUAUUCUUCGGCGUCGUAGUACCCGUCGAACCGCAAGGGAGGGUGAUGCAAGCACGGUUAAGACCUUUUUCACCCUGCUCAAAGCGUUUAUCGGCACGGGAAUCAUGUUUCUACCCAAAGCCUUCCGCAAUGGCGGAAUUCUCUUCUCCUCGCUGACGCUUAUUUUCGUGUCCCUGGUCAACUGCCUCUGUUUUCGGCUACUUCUUGACUGCCGGCAAAGGUACGGCGGUGGUUAUGGAGAGCUUGGUGCUUCUAUCGUUGGCCCUCGCUUUCGUAGUUUGAUCCUCACGUCCAUUGCUAUUUCGCAAAUUGGUUUCGUUUGUGCAGGGCUUGUCUUCACUGCUGAGAAUCUUUUUGCUGUCCUAGACGCCGUCACCGGAGGGCGCAAUAACGUCGCGCUUGGAAUCCCCGCCCUUAUUGCUCUCCAGCUUCUGCCUCUCAUUCCGCUUGCCUUAAUCAGGCACAUCUCGAAGUUGGGGCCUGUAGCACUUGUUGCAGACGUCUUCAUCCUCGUUGGGCUUGUCUAUAUCUGGUAUUAUGAUGUUGCCACUCUUGCCACCCGAGGCCUCGAGCCCAGUGUUCAGCUGUUCAAUUCUUCUUCUUGGACCUUGACUAUUGGGUCAGCCAUCUUCACCUUUGAGGGAAUUGGUCUGAUUCUUCCGAUUCAGUCGAGUAUGAAGAAGCCUCACCAUUUUGGGCCUCUUCUUUACUUUGUCAUGUUCCUCAUUACUAUCAUCUUCACGUCGGUCGGUGCGCUCUGUUAUGGAACAUUUGGAGAAAAGACCAAGAUCCAAGUGAUUUCCAAUUUCCCACAGGAUUCUCCCGUUGUCAAUGCGGUGCAGUUCCUCUAUUCGAUGGCAGUCUUAGCAGGCGAGCCUGUGCAGCUCUUUCCCGCCGUUCGAAUCAUGGAGACCAGUCUGUUUGAGGAACGCAUGUCUGGCGCGAAGAAUCCGGCCGUCAAAUGGAAGAAAAAUGCCCUCAGGACAUUGCUCAUGAUCGCCUGUAUUGGAAUCAGCAUUCUCGGUGCUACGGACCUCGACAAGUUUGUAUCUUUGAUUGGAAGCUUUGCAUGCGUUCCCUUGGUGUACAUCUAUCCUGCAUAUCUACACUACAAGGGAGUGGCGGAGACCAGUGCCAUAAAGGUUUUAGACCUCAUUCUCAUGGUGGUUGGCAUCAUCGCCAUGGUCUACACAACAGGCAUGGCCAUAUUCCAGUGGAUUAAUGGGUAG